AUGAUUCGGGGAAGGCAGGGUCAGGAUCAGGAUCAGGAUCAGACUCAGGAUGACAACCAGGAAGUCAUCAUUGCUGGCCAGUCCCAAAUUGUCACCCUCCACAAGACAUGGCGCGUGGCAGUUAUCCAGCAAACGACCGUCAGUGGCUCCUGGAAAACCAUCUGGAACUACAACACGGGCGUCAUUGCAACCAAAGUCCCGCAACAGAACGCCUGCUACAUUUCCGUCAUGAACAGAACCGAGAUGCCCAGCUUUGACAAUCUGGCCACACUCGCCAGACAGAGCAGGAACCAGGUCAGUCUUGGAAGAGUUACAAGGAAGCUCACCUUUGUCACCAGUGGAUUGGUCAACAACCUCAACUUCUACGGACAAGACAUCACGACCAUGUGCAGCGGACUCACCAUCUACAGAGCUUAUGAAGUUCACGGACUCCAAGUCAACCAGGGACCAUGUGUCACCCUCAAUGUCCUGAAAGUUGUGGACCUGAAGUACUGCAACAACAAUGGCAACAUUGACCAGGGUCAGGAUCAGGAUCAGGAUCAGACUCAGGAUGACAACCAGGAAGUCAUCAUUGCUGGCCAGUCCCAAAUUGUCACCCUCCACAAGACAUGGCGCGUGGCAGUUAUCCAGCAAACGACCGUCAGUGGCUCCUGGAAAACCAUCUGGAACUACAACACGGGCGUCAUUGCAACCAAAGUCCCGCAACAGAACGCCUGCUACAUUUCCGUCAUGAACAGAACCGAGAUGCCCAACUUUGACAAUCUGGCCACACUCGCCAGACAGAGCAGGAACCAGGUCAGUCUUGGAAGAGUUACAAGGAAGCUCACCUUUGUCACCAGUGGAUUGGUCAACAACCUCAACUUCUACGGACAAGACAUCACGACCAUGUGCAGCGGACUCACCAUCUACAGAGCUUAUGAAGUUCACGGACUCCAAGUCAACCAGGGACCAUGUGUCACCCUCAAUGUCCUGAAAGUUGUGGACCUGAAGUACUGCAACAACAAUGGCAACAUUGACCAGGGUCAGGAUCAGGAUCAGGAUCAGACUCAGGAUGACAACCAGGAAGUCAUCAUUGCUGGCCAGUCCCAAAUUGUCACCCUCCACAAGACAUGGCGCGUGGCAGUUAUCCAGCAAACGACCGUCAGUGGCUCCUGGAAAACCAUCUGGAACUACAACACGGGCGUCAUUGCAACCAAAGUCCCGCAACAGAACGCCUGCUACAUUUCCGUCAUGAACAGAACCGAGAUGCCCAGCUUUGAUAAUCUGGCCACACUCGCCAGACAGAGCAGGAACCAGGUCAGUCUUGGAAGAGUUACAAGGAAGCUCACCUUUGUCACCAGUGGAUUGGUCAACAACCUCAACUUCUACGGACAAGACAUCACGACCAUGUGCAGCGGACUCACCAUCUACAGAGCUUAUGAAGUUCACGGACUCCAAGUCAACCAGGGACCAUGUGUCACCCUCAAUGUCCUGAAAGUUGUGGACCUGAAGUACUGCAACAACAAUGGCAACAUUGACCAGGGUCAGGAUCAGGAUCAGGAUCAGACUCAGGAUGACAACCAGGAAGUCAUCAUUGCUGGCCAGUCCCAAAUUGUCACCCUCCACAAGACAUGGCGCGUGGCAGUUAUCCAGCAAACGACCGUCAGUGGCUCCUGGAAAACCAUCUGGAACUACAACACGGGCGUCAUUGCAACCAAAGUCCCGCAACAGAACGCCUGCUACAUUUCCGUCAUGAACAGAACCGAGAUGCCCAGCUUUGACAAUCUGGCCACACUCGCCAGACAGAGCAGGGCUCCCUGCACCUUGACUGCCUUACAGAGGGCUGCCUUAGGAACUGUCUUCAAGGCACACUACUGCUCCCAUGGGCCCCAGGCCAUUCAAAGGCACCACUAA